AUGCUUGACCAGCCAUUGCCUUCCAUUGAAUCAGGAAAAGGAAAAGCGGUAGAUUUUAACGCUCAGCAACAUGAAGUCAUUGAACAGUCUGGAAUCUAUCCAAUCAAUGAAAUCAGAUGGCUGGAGCAUCUCGGACACAUGUCUAAGUUGACUGAGAAGCUGGAGAUUCCGGAGGUCCAGGAGGAUAUGGAGGAGCUGGGUGAGGAUGCACUCGGAUUGGGCGAUAUUGGUGUUGAGGCUUGGAAGGAUAAAACCCAUGCCUGGCUCCGCCAGUGCCUAGGUUGGGGGCAUUCAGAUGGGCCUUACAUCGAAUCUCUGGGGUCCACAAUGGCAUGGACCAAAGGGACUGAGGAGCAGUGGGAAGAUGCCUACACUCUGCUGAAGCAAGGCAGGACACUCCCAGAGGGGUUUUAUGUCCAGGAGGCCAUGUGGCACCAGCUAGUGGCUGCAGCAGCCAUUGUACAGCAUUUUUUCACAAGGGAAUGCAAUCCCAUGUGCUCUAGCCCAGAGGGAAUGGCCAUUAUUGAUGAGGUGGGGCUGGGAAAGACCCUAGAGGUUAUCCUUUCAAUUUCUUUCCUCAUUGGGCUUGUCGAUGGGAGAAAAGCACAAAAAGCUGACCCUCCCAUUCUUGGUAUGUGUCAUAUCCAUACAAUCCCGACCUCCACUCCGGGCUCCCGGAACUCUGAACUCCGACUUCCGGAGCCCUACUUCCCUUCCAUCACCUUCUCCUUGCCGACUCCCAAGAGGUUAUCCCACCUCCAGCCUGGACACCACCUUCGGUCCGACUCCGGAACAUUCCGGGUCCGACCCCAACCACGACACCUUCCAGACGAGUACGCAAAACCUAUGCUCCCGACUCCGGACCUCCGCUCCGGAAUCCCGUUCGCGUCUCCGUCUCCGGAACCUCCGGUCUUAGCUCCGACCUCGGACUUUGACCCCACCUCCGCUUAUACCCAUUGUAUUGGUUAG